AAACGUGGCAUUCAACUCUGCCAUCUGUCAUCGAUUUCGAGAAACCUCGAGUGCAUCAACAUCGCCAAUGUUCGGUGAGUUUUCUCGUAAGAAAGCGAAAAACGUCAAUCAUUAUGGAUGAAACGAGUUGGAUUCUGGAAUUAGAGAGCUGUUUGCUGUCGGAGUGCGACAUAAACACCAUCAGGAGGAUCUGUAAUGGCCGACCUCUUCCCGAUCAUCUCAGACGUAACGUUUGGGAAGUUUGCUUGAGAGUUAAGCAAAAUAGUAGUGAUUACGUCACAUGGGACGAGAUCUAUGACCUAACAGAACAAUCGGUCAUCAGGCAGGACUGUCAAGAGUUAGUAGACAGAUUGGGCAACGAAGAGGAAGACAAGAUAUCGGUCAUGAGCGAUUUGGAGUCCGUCGUCACCAAAUACUGCAAGGUGACCGGAGAAAUCUACGAGACGGGGAACCGAUGGUUGCAGCUCCUCGAACCUCUCAUCGCUCUUCACCUUCCCAAGGACGAACUGUACUCUUGGUUCUGCGCCAUCCGUCGGAUGUAUCUGGUGCGUCGUUCGGCUCCGGCCCCGUUUCACUUCUUUCGUCUGCUGUUGCUCUAUCACGACCCCGAGCUGUGCUCGCUUCUGGAUACAAAGAAGAUUUCUGUCGAGUCGUUCGCGGAGAGUUGGUUUAAUAGUCUGUUCUCUUCCACCUGUCACCUGAACGUUACCAUGGCCAUUUGGGACGUGUAUUUUCAGACCGCGGAUCCCUUUUUGAUUUUUUAUCUAGGUUUGGUGCUGGUGGUGAAUAGUAAGGAACAGGCGGUGGCGUGUAAGGAGAAAGACAGGCAAGCCAUUGUCGAAAUUCUUUCGAGCGCUCCGUACGCUCUGGAAUUCGAAGAUGUGGAGGACUUCUGUCUUUUGGCGCAGCACUAUGCGUCCAGAACGCCGCCUUCGUUUGCGAGAGACCAUCAGGGCGUGAUUUUUGGCGAGGGAGACGAAGGAGUGGAUUUCAUCUCCCAGGCAUUGUGUCUUCCGGUUUCGAUAUAUGAACUUGUUUUGAGCUCGGAGAGCGAGAGGAACGGAGGCGUUAGAUAUUUUGUUGUGGACUGUAGGCCCGCCGAACAGUACAACGCGGGACACUUGCCGACGGCAUUUCAUUUGGAUGCCAGCACUAUGCUACAAGAACCAGCUGCUUUCCACACUGCUGUACAGGCAUUAUUUGCUGCUCAACGACAGGCCAUUCAGGCGAGAUCGGUGGCUGGUGGCGAACAUGUCUGUUUUAUGGGUAGCGGGAGAGAGGAAGAAGAUCAGUACGUCCAUAUGGUGGUUGCCAGUUUUCUUCAAAAACAGUUACCUUUGAUCAGUUUGGUGAAAGGAGGAUAUGCUGCCUUGCAUGACUUUUUUGUAGAUAAUUUGAAUGAAAAACUGAAGGACCACAAUCCCAAAUUGUGUAUCAUGUGCAAUCCUUCUCCCGGUAAUGACAGUGGUAUUGAAGAAGAAGAGAUUUCGUUUCUAGACAAAUUAACCUCGGCGGUGAAAACACGAUCUGCAGUCGUAAAAUACAAACUGGUGGAGUACAUCAAAAAUCCUCAAGAUCCCGUGGAAAAACACGUCAGCAGCACUGAUAAAGUGGGCAAACGAUACAGGGGAAUGGCUCCCAUUUUCAGCAUUGACGAUGAACACGAAGAAGGAAGAGUGACUGACGAAGAACUGUUAGAGGAAAUCCAUGUCGAGAAGUGGCUGAAAGCAUCAAACAUCACCGAUUUCUUCAAGUGCGAGGAACUGCAAGACAACGGUUCCAUCAAUCCCGCCGGUCUAGCGGUGCUCGACACAGAAUUAAUAUUAAUCCGAGAAAUUCCCAACAAGAAGGGCUACGCAUACAUUAUUGCCAAACGUCCCCUCUUAUCAAUCGUAAAAAUCACAAGCAAGCGUCGCCAUCCAGAAUUAAUAACUUUUAAAUACGGAUAUAACACGUCAAAAGAAGAUUACGUAGUCACUGCAAUGGACAGGCUCUUAAUUCCAAAAGCGGGAGAUGCAACAAAACUUAUCAAAUAUAAAGUGAUAUCUUUAAUGAAUUUAUAGAUAUUUUUAAACGUCAAAAGGACUACUUAUCGUUCGAAUAGUUAAUCACGUAUUCCGAUAUUUGGAAAAUAGCGUCAUACCACUUAAAAUUCAGUUUUAGUGUAAGUUCUGCCGCACGUUGUCGAGAGAAUCGGCAGAAGUCUAUCGAUCCUGCAACUUUUAAUCGAAAAAAGUAUUUUUCCAUCGUAAAAAUAUCGUAAACUUUCUUGUAACUCGAAGAUUAUCUAAAGCGGUUUGUUCUCCGACGGAUACCGAGAAGCACUCUUUACUUUUGCAAUAAUCUGUUAAGUUUGAAAGAUAUUUGAGAUAAUUUAAUAUAUUUAAUUAUUGUAAUCGUCUUAAGUUAAGAAAAAGACAUCAAGAAUUAGUGCCAAGGAUAUUUAGGUCUGUUUUAAAGGUAUUUGAUUAUAAUGAGAUUUGGAAGGUGCCGACACGCUCGUGCACAACCAGUUUCCUAUUUUUGAUUGUUUCAAGAAUUAAUUUAAUAUAUUAUCUGGUAUUCGCUUACAUUAACAUGCAAUUACAAAGCUCCUUUUACAGGUAUGAUGUUUAAGUCCUUCAUAAAGUAAAAUAUUGGAUGAAUUUAUUCAUAUUAGUUAGUAUACUAUGAUACAGAUCUAAGUUAUAAAUAUAUAUAUACAUAUAUUAUCUGUAUUAAACUAAAAAACAAUUUUGUCAUGUUGUAAAUAAAGACUAUCUGUUAAUAAAUAAUUGAUUUUGGAAACAAUUUCGCCAUUUAUUAAGUUCGUUUACGACAGAAUUCCAACAGUAUAAAAGCUAGAUACAAGCUUGGAAAUUAAUGAAGUGCAGUUCAAGUGUGUACAUAUUUUUUAAAAAUACAUUUUGUAUUGCCGAUUGAUGUGCCAGCCAAAUGAUACUUCUGUAUAACGUGUUUGAUAAUUUCUUUUCAGCAAUGCUUUCGACAGCUUUGUGGAUCCAAUUAAAUUAGAUUUUAGAGAUGUGCUUUAUUUAUACAAUUGGGAAUCAAAGGAGGAGUCCAUUUUAGCUUGUGUUAUGGGAGUGACGCAUGAAAUACCGGCUGUAUUUCCCACAAGAGAUUGCUUUCCAUUACACUUAAACCAGUUGAAAAAUGAGUCGGACGGUUCUUGGACUGCAAUGGACAUCCCAAAUUGUGCACUCGAUAUUCUAGCAUUGCCGUUAAACCACUACAGACACAAUUUGGCCCGUAUUUCUAAAAAUAUUACAUUUUAUACGUUUUAUUCUCAAAAAGCAAUGGGAAAAUUACACAAUAUCAAAUAUUUUAUUAGGCCAUAGAAUAAUGAUUCUGAAAUGGUAUGCCACGAGAGGUGGCUAGACGUGCAUUUUGGUGCACUGCAAACUAAGUGAGUUUGAACAAACAAUAUUACAAACAGAAAAUAUACACUUUACCUGCUUUUCCAGCAGUUUUGAAAAACUGCAUAUAAACAGUCUGGAUCAAAAGGACGUAAACAAAAUCCCCGGAGUUUAUUCAAUCCCCAUAACAGAUGACUGAGUGGCUACUAAAAUACACAGGAUUGACAAAUGGAUCCUUUCCGUAAAGGAUUGGAGAAUGUUGGCAGGACUUCGGAACAAGUAAAACCACAACCACCUGGCAAAAUAUGUCAAAGAACCAGGGGUAUUCAUAGAAUUCGACACCCACUGUCCUCUUAAAACUGGAUACUGAUGGCAUUUGCAUGAUAACCUCUCAAAAAGAAGGAAACCCGACGACGCGACCUGAUGCAUGCGCUCUGGCACCGCCCAAAGAAAAUUUGAAAAAAUUUCAACAACAUUCUGAAGAUAGAAUCCAUAACAAAUUUUUAAAAUUAAAACAGACAUUCUAAAUAGAAGAUAUUUUGAAGGCGGCUUCUGAAGAAAGCCAAAAACAUUGGCAAAACCAUUCCAAACUGUCGGAAGAGCAAGAUGUAUAUUUCCUGUUUGUAUUACCUGUUCCAGUUUGGAUCUCAUAUUUACAAAUGAUAACUCCAUUUUAUUCAAUAAUUACUUUGACAUGUCAUUGGAUUGUUUAUUUUUUCAGAAAGAAGAAAAAAUUGAAUUUAAUUUCUGAUAUUUGCUUGGUAAUGGACGAACAGAAUUUUACGCAUCUAAUCUUCAAAAAUUAAUAAUUUAUGUCUGGGACACACUGAUGUCAUAGUUCUAAUUGUAUAAUUUAUGGCAGAAUUAAGCAAGAAUUAGCAUCGUCGAAUAUGGGAUUAGUCAGUUCUAGUAUUGUUGUCUAUCUCUUCAUCUAGUCUUCUUUGGUUUGGCUUUCCGAUAGGUUAAUGUUGGGUAAUCUUUCUGUUGUUCUAUUAACAUGCCGUAGCUGUUUCCUGUAUUUUUCCACCAAUUUGACCUUCUGAUGAUAAAAAUAAUCUAGAAAAUUAAGCAGUGCGUGUAAUUAAUUGUUUUGUAACUACUAUAGUUAUAAUUUUAAAAACAAAACAUGUCACUUGCAGCAAGAAAGGUAUCUUAAUGGGGUUACAAGCCAUUUUUCUUGCAGUUUCAGUAAAAAAAAUCUUGUCGGGAAGAUUUAAAAUGAAUGUUUUCGUUGUAAUUUUUGGCAAUUUGUUGCAUUUGGUCUCCGUGCAACUGCGUUUUGUAAUUUAGGUCACUUUGAAAACAUCUACGUUAAUGUGGACAUUAUUUGUUUUUCUGGAUUUGCAGUGGUGGGUCAUUUCUCUACAAGUAUACGUACUGCCGCUACCCUUCACGACGACUGCAUACCUUCUCCACAUAAGCAUUAGCAAUUUUUUUGAUGAGUCAAUCGAUGCUCAAAAACACUUGAGUGGUUUAUUUUACCUUAAAGAAUAUUUUUGCUUCAAUUUUAUAAACAAUUUUUUUCUGUUUAAUACAUUACAUUAAUAGACAAACUAUUAUGGGAAUAUUUUUAACCAUCUGUUGUCUCGUGUGCAAGUGGUAUGCAUUUGUGUUAUUUUUUAAUUAAACUACAUUUACGGAAAUACUCCGAAAUACCACCAAUAGUCCACAGAGUGUAUUGUGUUAUCAGUCGUCAUUUGAAGACAAACUGUUAUAAAAACGGAACUUUCGAAUAUCAAACAUGUGACUGAUAUAACCCAUCGGUUUCAAGUCUAUAUGCAAAUGAUGUUAAAACCUACAAAUGUAUUUUUAAUUUAAAAUCUGUUUAGUCAUCUUUUCUAACAAUGUCUAAAAAAAGGAAAAAAACAUGUUGUCCUCAUAUCCAACCGUUACUGGAACUUUCUACAAGCAUUGAGUAACUACUGUAGUAAUCCCCAUUUGCCCAUUAUGAGCCUUACGCACCCGAGAGAUCUAUGCAUUUUGUAGGAAAUUGUCUCAAAGGUGGUCUUGGUUCUCAAGAUUCAGGCUUACACUCUGGUAAAAACAGUUUACUAUCGAUGCAUCCUUCCUUUAAUAAUGCCGACAUUAAAAGUAGUUAUUCCGAGGUCAAAAACAAUCCCGGGAAUUGCAAAACAGGAUAGAAAAUAAUGCACAUUUGGAUUAGAUGACAAACAGGAACGACCUAUGCGGUGCAUGAUUAACAAUACCAUUAUCCUAUUAAAUCUUACAAACAUAAGAUUUAUAACACACAAUAUUUAUAUAAUAAUUUCUAUUGUAAGAAUCGUUUCCAUUGUGUAAUGCAGGUCCUAAAAUUAGUUUUUAAGAAUGUAAUUUGUAAAUCGUUGAAAAAUAAGAUAA